GUGAGAUAUACACCUAGAACUUGGAAUAAUUCGACAUCGUGGAAAUAUCAACAAUUUAGCUGUUAGAGAUGCUGCUCUUACAGGGAAAUAACUACAGUGGCAGUGGCACGGGAGGUAACCCUAACACGUACGGCACGAGCUCAAGUCAUUCUAGCAGUCACAUGUACGAGGAAGACCUGAUAUCACGUGGGGCACGUGGCUUUCCGUUAGGACACGGAAUGUUGCCCGCACCACAGGCUUACUCCUUCGGGUUCCCUGUCCAUCCGGCGCAUGAUCCCAUGGGACUGUCUUCAUUCGGUCAGUCACAGCAGUUCGGAGGUUAUCCGUCAUUUUCGAGUCAUUCCGAUCACAAGAGGAUGUUGGGUGGCACCCAAGUCGAGGCUAUGGACAAGAACCUCAAGAUAACAUUAGAAAAUCGUGACCUCUGGUCAAAGUUCAGCUCACUUGGAACGGAAAUGAUCAUUACAAAAACAGGACGACGAAUGUUCCCUACCUUAAAGGUCAGUCUUGAAGGUUUGGACCCACACUCAAAAUAUAUUCUGCUUGUGGAUAUUGUGCCGCUGGAUGACUGUAGAUACAAGUACCAUAACUCGGAGUGGGUGGUCACAGGCAAGGCAGAGCCUCACAUGCCCGGUCGACUUUACAUCCACCCAGACAGUCCAGCUUCCGGCUCACACUGGCUCAAACAACCGGUUACAUUCCACAAACUGAAGUUGACGAACAACAACCUGGAUCAGAACGGACAUAUUAUAUUAAAUUCAAUGCACAAGUAUCAACCCCGUGUUCAUAUAGUACAGGCGAAUGAUAUAUUCAGCAUGAGGUGGACCUCCUUCAACACUUAUGCGUUCGAGGAGACAACAUUUAUUGCCGUGACAGCAUACCAGAAUGAACAGAUAACCCAACUGAAAAUUGACCAUAACCCCUUUGCCAAAGGUUUUCGGGACAAUGGAAUGGGUCGCAGGUGCGUGUUAGACCACAGGCUAACACUGAAAAGACCCUCAGAUGAAAGCUUGAUAGAUUACGAAAAAGAGGACGGGCAUUUCUCUAAGAAACAGAAGCACGAAGAAGACAAUCUUGAUCUGAAACCAGCACAUAAAAACGAAAUCAAAGACGAAUCUGACACAUUGAACAAAUCAGACCGUUCAACAGAGGACUUACCUGAAGGAGAAAUGAACCAGUGCACCGUCAACAAAUCAGGGUCGUCUGGAGGCAUGCAUCUCCCGCUGGUAAAGGCCAAGUCCCCACCGUUACCACCAGCACAAAGUGGAAGCCAAGGUGUCUGCAGUUACAGCAGUUCUUUGUCUAACAGUGCGUUAAGCAAAAGCUAUGGUACCUCUUGUAUGGGUGGACUUAAUGGUGUAAACAACGAUCAGUCGUAUUAUCCUCAUCAUUCUCCAGCAGACCGAUCAAAUAGUUCCUCAUUUUUGCCGGUGACAACGUCACCAAACUUAUUACAGCCACAGUCAGCAGUAUCCUCUAGUCUAAGUCUUCACUCGUUGUCCAUGAAUCAAAUGCAACAAUGUAGACUACCAGGAACCACAUUAGCAAACACAGAUUGUGCUCUGCGACAAAGUUCACAUUUGUCCUCUACCUCUAGUUAUGGACUUCGGGCUUCGCCGACCCCGCAACACCCAUCGCUACCCUCAUGCACGUAUAUGCAGACCACACAGGGUUCUGGCUAUUCAUCACAUCUUACCCCAAAUGUACACAUGAUGAAUAUGAACUUUCAAGGACCUAUGGCGUAA